CAUGCGCAGUACGUACCUGUUCCUCUCAAGCUGUAAGAGUGAAGCUGGGAGAGCCUCUUCAAAUACAAAUUAAAUAUUUAUACUCGUUUUUUUAAGUUAGCUUUCUUAUCGAUGGAGGUACGAAAAGAAUACCUGCGGGGCUGUGAGACCUUUAGCUGGGCCAACUAAAGCCAAAUAGACCGCGAGCAGAAGGGGAGGCUAUCUCGGAUAGAAGAACCCAAGAACAGGGAAAAAAAAGAAAGAAAGAAAGAAAAAUAAAUUAAGUCUUCCUCGUUCCAGGCGGAAAGGGCUGCGGCUGCCCUGUAUCAGACCAGCCCGCCUGCAGAAUGGCUCACCUCCUGAGGAACCAGAACUCGCGGCUGGACCCAGAGGAGUACUUCACUAAGUUGGACCGGAUAGGCAAGGGCUCUUUCGGGGAGGUGUACAAAGGGAUCGAUAACCGCACCAAGGAGGUGGUGGCCAUCAAAAUCAUCGACCUGGAGGAGGCAGAGGAUGAGAUCGAGGACAUCCAGCAGGAAAUCACGGUGCUGAGCCAGUGCGACAGCCCCUUUGUCACCAAGUACUAUGGCUCCUACCUCAAGGGGACCAAGCUCUGGAUCAUUAUGGAGUACCUGGGUGGUGGUUCAGCCCUGGACCUGCUGAGGCCUGGACCCCUGGAGGAGACCUACAUUGCCACCAUCCUGCGGGAAAUUCUGAAGGGUCUGGACUACCUGCACUCGGAGAGGAAGAUCCAUCGGGACAUCAAAGCUGCCAACGUCCUGUUGUCUGAACAGGGUGACGUGAAGCUGGCGGACUUCGGGGUGGCAGGACAGCUGACGGACACCCAAAUCAAGAGGAACACAUUUGUGGGGACACCCUUCUGGAUGGCCCCUGAGGUUAUAAAACAGUCGGCCUACGAUUUCAAGGCAGAUAUCUGGUCCCUGGGGAUCACAGCUAUCGAGCUGGCGAAGGGCGAACCCCCAAACUCAGACCUGCACCCCAUGAGAGUACUGUUCCUCAUCCCCAAAAACAACCCUCCCACCCUAGAGGGAACUUACAGCAAACCCUUUAAAGAGUUUGUGGAGGCCUGUCUCAACAAGGACCCACGAUUCAGGCCCACAGCCAAAGAGCUGCUCAAGCACAAGUUCAUAACGCGCUACACCAAGAAAACGUCCUACUUGGCAGAGCUCAUCGACAGGUACCGACGCUGGAAAUCUGAGGGGCAUGGGGAGGAAUCCAGCUCAGAUGAUUCAGACAUGGAUGGGGAUGCAGAUGACAGAGACCAGUGUCCAGUCUGGACAUUUCCCACUGUCCGGCCAAGCUCUCUAAACAAACUCCAGAACGGAAUAUCCCUUCCACACUCGCAGAAGAACGCAGAUGCAGUGAAGAGACAGCCCAAAUCACAGUGUCUUUCUGCACUGGUGACACCCAUCUUCAGAGAGUUGAAAGAGAAGAGACGAGCAAGUGGUAGGAGUCUAGGAGCGAUAGAGGAGCUUGAGAAUGCCUUUAACCUGGCAGAGGAAUCUUGCCCAGGAAUCUCAGACCGCCUGGUCACACACAUGUUGGAGAGGGUGCGGAGGUUUUCACUAAAUGGGAACAGCACCCCUUCCUCGCGGUGAAGCUGUGUUGGUUUCUACUGAAGUUUUCGGUCCCUUCCAGGGAGAGCCAUCUGGACAAACCCCUCCUGCCCCUAUAUCCAAUCUCUGUGCCCUGCCCAGACCUGUACCUGACCAACCCCCAAACCCCCCCCCCCAUUAGAGCAGCGCAGCGCAGCAGAUGCCACUCCCCGGGAAAGAGGGUCAAGAUCCCUUUGAUCUUUUAAUUAAAGGUUAUAAUUAAGAUAUUUUUUACAGUUCUUUAACAAUGUUUAAAAAAAAAAAAAACCACACACACCAGAGUGCUAUGUGUUAAGCUGUAUUGGAUGUCAUGUACAAUAAAAUUUAUUGGAAGUGUUAAAUGUUUUGCACAUAAAGCCGAAUCUAUGUUUUAAAACUUUA